UGCAGGGCUGGGCGCGCGCCCCGCGUCCCGGGCAGGAAGAUGGUGGCGAGCGCGCGGGUGCAGAAGCUGGUGCGGCGCUACAAGCUGGCGAUCGCCACGGCGCUGGCCAUCCUGCUGCUGCAGGGCCUGGUGGUGUGGAGCUUCAGCGGCCUGGAGGAGGACGAGCCGGGCGAGAAAGGAAGGCAGAGGAAGCCACGGCCCCUGGACCCCGGCGAGGGCUCCAAGGACACGGACAGCUCAGCCGGGCGGCGCGGCAGCGCAGGCAGAAGGCAUGGGCGCUGGCGGGGCCGUGCUGAGAGCCCGGGCAUGCCCGUGGCCAAGGUGGUCCGGGCUGUCACCAGCCGGCACAGGGCCAGCCGCCGGGUCCCACCGGCCCCGCCCCCGGAGGCCCCCGGCCGCCAGAACCUGAGCGGGGCGGCAGCCGGGGAGGCGCUGGUCGGGGCGGCUGGCUUUCCACCACAUGGAGACACGGGGAGUGUGGAGGGCGCCCCUCAGCCCACGGACAAUGGCUUCACCCCCAAGUGUGAGAUCGUGGGCAAGGACGCGCUGUCCGCACUGGCCCGGGCCAGCUCCAAGCAGUGCCAGCAGGAGAUCGCCAACGUGGUGUGCCUGCACCAGGCCGGGAACCUCAUGCCCAAGGCUGUGCCCCGGCACUGCCAGCUGGCUGGGAAGAUGAACCCCGGCAUCCAGUGGGACGAGGUCCGGGCCCAGCAGCCCGUGGACGGCCCCCCAGUACGAAUCGCCUACAUGCUGGUGGUUCAUGGCCGUGCCAUCCGCCAGCUAAAGCGUCUCCUCAAGGCUGUCUACCAUGAGCAGCAUUUCUUUUAUAUCCAUGUAGACAAGCGCUCCAACUACCUGCACCGCGAGGUGGUGGAGCUGGCCCGGCAAUAUGAUAAUGUGCGGGUGACACCCUGGCGCAUGGUCACCAUCUGGGGUGGGGCCAGCCUGCUGCGGAUGUAUCUGCGGAGCAUGCAGGACCUGCUGGAGGUGCCUGGCUGGGCCUGGGACUUCUUCAUCAAUCUUAGUGCCACCGACUACCCAACCAGGACCAACGAGGAGCUGGUGGCUUUCCUGUCUAAGAACCGAGACAAGAACUUCCUCAAGUCACAUGGCCGGGACAACUCCAGGUUCAUCAAGAAACAGGGUCUGGACCGGCUCUUCCAUGAGUGUGACUCACACAUGUGGCGCCUGGGUGAGCGGCAGAUCCCAGCAGGCAUCGUGGUGGACGGCGGCUCCGACUGGUUCGUGCUGACACGCAGCUUUGUGGAGUAUGUGGUAUACACAGACGACCCGCUCGUGGCUCAGCUGCGCCAGUUCUACACGUACACGCUGCUCCCCGCCGAGUCCUUCUUCCACACGGUGCUGGAGAACAGCCCGGCCUGCGAGAGCCUGGUGGACAACAACCUGCGCGUCACCAACUGGAACCGCAGGCUAGGCUGCAAGUGCCAGUACAAGCACAUUGUGGACUGGUGUGGCUGUUCGCCCAACGACUUCAAGCCGCAGGACUUCCUCCGGCUGCAGCAAGUCUCCAGACCCACCUUCUUCGCCCGGAAGUUUGAGUCGACUGUGAACCAGGAGGUACUGGAAAUCCUGGACUUCCACCUGUAUGGCAGCUACCCGCCGGGCACGCCAGCCCUCAAGGCCUACUGGGAGAACACCUAUGAUGCGGCCGAUGGCCCUGGUGGGCUCAGUGACGUCAUGCUCACCGCUUACACCGCCUUCGCCCGCCUCAGCCUGCGCCAUGCUGCCACCGCUAUACCCCCACUGGCCACCCCACUCUGCAGGUUUGAGCCCAGGGGCUUGCCGUCCAGCGUGCACCUGUAUUUCUAUGACGACCAUUUCCAGGGCUACCUGGUGACGCAGGCGGUGCAGCCCUCAGCCCAGGGGCCGGCAGAGACGCUUGAGAUGUGGCUGAUGCCCCAGGGGUCGCUGAAGCUGUUGGGGCGCAGUGACCAGGCCAGCCGGCUCCAGAGUUUGGAGGUUGGCACUGAGUGGGACCCCAAAGAGCGUCUCUUCCGGAACUUUGGGGGUUUGCUGGGGCCACUGGAUGAGCCUGUAGCCAUGCAGCGCUGGGCCCGGGGCCCCAACCUCACAGCUACUGUGGUGUGGAUCGACCCCACCUACGUGGUAGCCACGUCUUACGACAUUGCGGUAGACGCGGACACCGAGGUCACACAGUACAAGCCCCCACUGAGCCGGCCCCUGCGGCCCGGGGCCUGGACUGUCCGACUGCUUCAAUUCUGGGAAUCCCUGGGUGAGACCCGCUUCCUCGUGCUGCCGUUGACCUUCAACCGCAAACUACCUCUCAGGGAAGAUGAUGCCAGCUGGCUGCACGCCGGGCCACCCCACAACGAGUACAUGGAGCAGAGUUUCCAGGGCCUCAGUGGCAUCCUGAACCUGCCUCAGCCAGAGCCCGCAGAGGAGGCCGCCCGCCGGCAUGCAGAGCUCACAGGCCCGGCACUUGAGGCCUGGACAGAUGGGGAGCUGAGUGGCUUCUGGUCUGUGGCCGGACUGUGUGCCAUGGGCCCCUCCACCUGCCCCUCCCUGGAGCUCUGCAGACUGACCAGCUGGAGCUCUGUGUUCCCCGACCCCAAAUCAGAGCUGGGGCCUGUCAAAGCGGACGGGCGACUCAGGUAGCAGGGCCCCAGCCAACACCUCCGGAUGACCCGGGGAAUUGCACCUUACAGACAAUGGAGGGGUGUUCCCCUCGCAGCAGGCAAGAACCAGAGGCCCAGGCAGUAUGUCCCUGCCAGCCAUUAAGAACCGAGCAGACGGCAGAGAAGGUGGGCGUGGUACUUAUUGCUGAUGGUUCUGCUGGGGACCAGAGGGUUGGCAGGAAUGUGGGGAGAAGGGCUCCAGCCUCCAUGCCCCGCUCCUCCUCACUUUCCUUCUAGAUUUCUUGGUUUUUUGGUUUUUUUGUUUUUGUUUUUUGGUUGUUGUUUUUAAUGGGUGAUAGGGGGAGGAACUGGAAAUGAAAACUGUGCAAUAGGGCUCAGAGCAGCCCCAGGAAGUGGGCCAUGGCUCUGGGGAGCAGGGGCCUGAGGAGCCCAUCUGCUGUUGCUCUGGAGGAGGCUGAGCUGGCCUCAAUCUCCAGGGCCUCGUCCCCCCCCCAACCCCACCCCGCCUGGGCCUGUGGUGCUCACGGCUGAAGCUCUCCAGGGGUACAAGUGCCAUGCCAGGCUCUGAGGCCCGGAGAACAGGUGAUUUGGGGGAGCGCUGCAGAGCUGGACUCUAGCGAGACAGCCUCUCCUCUUAUAGCCAGGGGACUGUAAAAGAAGGGGUGGGGCUGGCUCAAGGGCUUUCCGGCAUGUCCUGCCCCUUGGUAGGCAAGGCAGGGCAUCAGGGCCUGCUGAGACCAACGCAGAGUCUCCCAGGUACCCAGAACUGCAAGCAGGGCCUGGGCUCCCGCCCUGGAGGGGCGAGCCCUCAUGAGCAGUGUGGGAAGAGGACUCUGUCGGGGCUCUCAGAAGAACCUAGAGCAGCAUUGUGCCUGAAGCUCAGAGUGAGGUCUGAAAUAUGCAACAGAAGAAAUAUAUCUCUAUCUCUCUAA